UAUUAUUGCUGAUUGUCAUUUGAGCCGGUGACAUUUUGGAAAUUUGGGAGAUCGUUGGAGUCUAGUGUCGUAUUCUAAUAAGACACAAAAUAAAUAAACAAAUGGGGGACACAGAGCCAACUAUAAAAAAGCCAAAACUAUUUGACGAGGAUGGCGACGAAUCAUAUACACCUUCCGUCUUCAAUCCCAAGUACAGAGUAUGUCCGUAUCUCGAUACAAUAAACCGUCAAAUCUUAGAUUUUGAUUUCGAAAAACUUUGUUCCAUUUCGCUGACGCGGAUUAAUGUAUACGCUUGCUUGGUUUGCGGCAAAUACUUUCAAGGAAGAGGAACAAAUACCCACGCAUACACACAUUCUGUAUCAGAAUCACAUCAUGUCUUCUUGAACCUACAAACUCUCCGCUUCUACUGCCUCCCGGACAACUAUGAAAUCAUCGACUCAUCGCUGGACGACAUCAAAUACGUCUUGAAUCCAACCUUCACGUCGUCAGAGAUCAAAAACAUAGACAGUCCCCUAGUAAAAUAUUCCCGGACGGUUGAUGGCACCUUGUACCUUCCUGGCGUUGUUGGAUUGAACAAUAUCAAGGCGAACGAUUACUGCAACGUUGUACUCCACGCCCUUUCACACGUCGGUCCGCUGAGAGACUACUUCCUACGCGAAGAGAAUUAUGCGAAAAUCCGUCGACCGCCGGGAGAUUCGAUAUUCACGCUCGUGCAGAGAUUUGGUGAACUUAUGCGGAAAAUGUGGAACCCUAGAAACUUCAAAGCGCACGUCUCUCCUCACGAAAUGCUGCAGGCGGUUGUUCUGUGGAGCAACAAGCGUUUCCAAAUCACAGAACAAGGCGAUCCUAUCGAUUAUCUGUCCUGGUUCCUCCACACAUUGCAUCGUGCUUUGAAGGGGACGAAAAAGCCCGACUCGUCCAUUAUAUACAAAUCAUUUCUGGGGGAAAUGACUAUUUACACGAGAAAGAUCCCUUCGACCGAUUUGGAUGACACUCAGAAGGCUCUGCUUCUUGCUACUGAGGAGUAUCAGGAGAAGUCUGAGUCGUCGAGCUUCCUCUACCUCACAUGUGAUCUCCCACCGCCUCCUCUUUUCACGGACGAGUUCCGCGAGAAUAUCAUUCCGCAAGUAAACUUAUAUCAACUGCUUGCGAAAUUCAAUGGCAUAACCGAGAAAGAGUACAAAACUUACAAAGACAAUUACAUGAAACGUUUCGAAAUCAAUCGACUGCCAAAUUUCAUUAUUUUGUAUAUAAAACGCUUCACGAAGAAUACAUUUUUCCUGGAGAAGAAUCCAACGAUCGUGAACUUCCCAAUCAAAAAUGUCGACUUUGGCGAUAUCCUCACACCCGAAAAUAGACGUCUUCAUCCGUCGACGAAAUAUAAUUUGGUAGCGAAUAUCGUGCACGACGGGGAGCCGAAAAAGGGCACGUAUCGUGUUCAUAUUCUGCAUAAGUCGAAUGGGCAAUGGUAUGAAAUGCAAGAUUUGCAUGUGACGAAUAUUUUGCCGCAAAUGAUCACCUUGACGGAAGCUUACAUCCAGAUUUACGAGAGGAGUACAGAUUAGGGUUUAGAGUCUAAGUGGAAUGUGGAUUUGUGACGGGCGAAUGUCGAGGGAAGUUUUGAUCAGGGAGUGAAUAAAGUGUUGCCUUGUA